AUGGAGACUGCGGAUCAAGUCGCGAGCGCUUUCGAACAGCCCAACCUGGUCAACAUCAAGCUCGAAGACGGCGGCACAUUCUGGGUUCAAAAGCCAAUCCUCUGCAGCCUCUCGAGCUACUUCAGAGCGGCGUUGCAGGGAGACUUCGAAGAGAGCCGUACCAAGACACUCAACCUACCCGGCUGCACUACCAACACAUUCAAACACCUGCUAUUCUGGAUGACCAACCGCAAGAUCGCGAUCAUGGAUGUCAGCCCGGACGACACCUCCGACGCCCAAGUACAGCUCGCCCACCUCUGGGCAGCGGGUGAAAUGUAUCUCCUCCCGAAGCUCCAAAACGACGCCACAGAUCGCCUCUUACACGUCUUCAAACUCUCCCGAGCAAGAGCUGUUGGCAUCUCUGCUGCAUUCGAGCUCACGUCCGAGGGAUCCAAGCUGCGCGAACUCUUCUUGUUCCAACUGGCGCUGGAUUCGGAGCUCAAGGCGGACGGUAGCAGUUGGUACACUUCUGAAGAGAUGGAUCUGAUCGGCGCUAUUCCUGGGUUCACCAAGGCCUACGUCGAGUUGUCUGUCCAUUGCCCGGACUUCCAGCAAGAGAUCUACGAGGUCAGAAGCCCUCACUAUAAGGUUCCGGAGUAG